UUAUGAACAGGUGAGAUAAAGGACCUAUUAGCCUGCGCCAUCUAGAGUUUCAUGCCAGAACUUUGUAUUUGUAUUUUAGAGAAGAUCAAGGACUUGGUGCCAAAGGGAGUCGUCGAUGAGAUGACGAGACUAGUCUUGGUGAAUGCCAUUUACUUCAAAGGAGACUGGGAGAAUACAUUCAAAAAAGAAGACACCAGUGAUGGGCAGUUUAAGCUGAACAAGAUUCAAAAUAAACCAGUGAAGAUGAUGUAUCAAAAGGCAAUGUUUCCUCUGGCCUUCAUCCCAGAGAUCAACAGUCAGGUUCUGGAGCUGCCGUAUGACGGGAAGAAUCUCAGUAUGUUGAUCAUCCUUCCUAACGAGAUGGAAGACGACACCACUGGCCUUCAGAAGCUUGAAAGGGCACUGACCUACGAGAAGCUCAUGGAGUGGACCAAACCCAGCAAGAUGAUCCUACAGGAAGUUGAAGUGUCUCUGCCCAAAUUUAAGAUGGAGGAAACUUAUGACAUGAAGAGUCUUCUGAUCAGCAUGGGAAUGGAGGAUGUGUUUGACGAGGAGAAGGUGAAUCUUUCAGGCAUGUCUUCCAACAACGACCUGGUGCUGUCGAACGUGAUCCAUAAAGCCUUUGUUGAAGUAAAUGAGAAAGGAACUGAAGCGGCUGCUGCCACCGCCACCGUCAUCUUCAUAAGUACAUCCGGAAUCAUCUCAUUAUCUCCCGCAAAAACCUUUAUUGCAGACCACCCGUUCCUUUACUUCAUCCGGCACAAUCCCUCCAAUGUCAUUCUGUUUUAUGGACGCCUCUGUUCUCCUUGAAGGUAGUGAUGAUGACAUGAUAAUUCUAGAUGACUGUGUUCCUCUGAUAAAUAAAAUCAUUAGAAAAU